UGUCAGAAUCUGUAUCAGAGGAUUUUGAUUCUUCAUCUGGAGAAUAAAAUAAUUGUUUUAAAGAAAUAGAGAAAUAAUUAACAAGUAUGACAGAAAAAAUCAAAUCAUUCUUUCAAAAGAAAAAGGCAGAUGUAAAAUUUAUGAAUGCUGGAAAAGGAUACAAGUUAACAGAAUCAACUAAUAUUGGUACAUCCACUCCAAUAGUAGCACCGAGAAAAAGAGUUGAACCGACAAGUGAAGCUAAAACAGCUGGUCAAGCUGCUUUGGCAAGACUACAAGGAAAAGAAACUAAUACAGCUAAAUUUAACACAUCAUAUGCAGCUAUUAAGGCACAGGUGAAGCGGGAAUUAGAAAAAGAAAAGGAAGCACAGCAAAAAACACAAAAGAGUAAAGCACAGCCAAAAGAAGAAACUGAGGAUACAGUGAAGGAUAGUUCACAGUUAGCUGUUUCUAAUGUGUAUUUCCAAUGCCCUUAUUUAUCCAAUGAGGUAUUACCACAGGAAGAUUGGAAGAAAAAGAUAAGAGAAUUUUUGUACGAACAAUUACAAGAGGAAGAAGCAGGUUUAACAGCUUGCUUAAUUAUACAAAAUUGCAAUACUGGCAGGGAAAAGAUCGAGAAUUGCGUCGAAACUCUUGGAAAAUAUUUAGAUAACAUCAUAAAGAAUCCAGAGGAAGAGAAAUAUAGAAAGAUUAGAAUACAUAAUCGAAUAUUUCAGGAUAAAGUGCUCCCAAUCGAAGGAGCUGUAGAAUUUUUAAACGCUGUUGGUUUUUGGCCGAAAAAAUUACUGCAUAAUGAUGUAGAGGAAGAUUUCUUAGUCUGGAAUCCAGAAAACUGUAACCUUGAAAAUGUUGAAAAAUUAGCUGAUGCGUUAAAAACUGCAGAAAUUAUACCACUUGAAUUAGAUAGAAAUCUUCAAGUCUUAUUACCUACGCAAGCAAGUAAGAGAACCGAAUUGCCUUCAAAUUUCUACAGUCUAACUUCCGAGGAAAUAAAAAGAGAACAGCAACUUCGAACUGAAGCUGUUGAAAAGAAUCAAAUGUUGAGGACAAAAGCUAUGAGAGAAAGGGAUGAAAAGCAGAGACUUAGAAAGUAUAAGUAUUCCCUGAUUCGUAUUAAAUUUCCAGACGAUCUUAUCCUACAAGGAACGUUCUUGGUUCACGAAAAAUUUCAAAAUGUUGUUAAUUUUGUUAGCGAGAACUUAAUCAAAGCAGAAAGACCUUUCUGUUUAAAGAAAUUAGCUGGACCAACGUUUAAUCAAGAUUCCUUUGAUAAAACGUUAUUAGAGUUGGAAUUAUUUCCCGCUGCUCUUCUGGUAUUUUUCUGGCAGCGUACAGCAGAUACCGAAUCCGCGGGAUAUUUGAAAGAAGAAUUACUUGCUCUUAUUCAGUCUGUUUGAAACUGCAGCUUUAAUCUAUUAUAAAUACUGAAAAGGUGGAAAAAAGAAAUUUUCUAGUGGGACCUAUUUAUGUUGAAGUACUGUUAUAACAGUAACAUUCAUUUCAGUCAUUAAAAUCAAUCAUGUAAAAAUAUCAGAAAGGAAUAUACAAGAUUUCAGACUUUAUCAAAAUACUUCCAGUAUUUAUAAGUGUUACAUUCUUUUACUUUGUUUAAAAUAUAUUCCUGAUAAAAUUCUAAUGAAUUCUCUGAUAGGUUACAAUAUUUAUAUCUUACAAUAGUUUUAUUUAGAUUUUACAAUAUAAAAAUCAUUGUGGGUUAGUAAUAUUUAAAUAUUUUUCACGCAUUAUUAAAUGGUUUAAGAUAAUAUUCUUUAACUGUAUCUCUGCUUAAAUAAUAAAAUUAAUGUUGUGGCUUUUUACGCCUUGUUAUUCGUAUAAUAUCAAAAUAUGUAAAAAAUUCAUCAUUGUGUGUGUGUAUAUUAAUUUUGCACAUUUGUGCAUUUUGGCACUUUAAUUAACAUUUUAUAUCAGUCUUUGUAUAUUACAUAUACAUAUAUUUCAACCCUUUAAGUAUGAGAUAUUCUUGAAUUUAAUAGAUAAAAUAUUAAAUGAUGUUUGUUUAAACACGCAAUCAUGAAUUUAUAUAUCUUGUUUUACUUGUAUCGGAUAUAUAUAUAAAAUUGUACAACGAUUUCCUCGGUUUACAAUACUGAAAAGGUCAAAAUCUACUAUUAUUAUCUAUAUUUAACAUAACGGCAGUAAUCUCUAUUGAAUACAUUCUAAUGUGAUAUGUAUAGUUUACACAAUCUAUUCAAUUAUUAAGUGUAGAAAUGAAGUCGGCACCUUUUCUUAUGUUAAUUGAAGAUUUAUUUCUAAAAAGACAUAGUACCUCAAGUCAUUGAAAUUUUGUUCUCGUGUCACUUUUCAAAUCUACAGAAGUAUGGGGAAAUAUCAAAAUUUAAAAUAGCAAUGCUAAAGGUACCGAAUUAAUUUGUACAUUUAAUAAUUUAUGCGGCAAAAUAAACAAAAAAAAAAUGUUAAUUAUGUAUACAUGUAAUUAUACAAUUGUAACAAGCUGAAAUAAAUGGAUAUCAACGAA